UAAGCCCCCUCCAAUGUCUAGCCAGAUAUUAGUCUCUCUGAAACUACCACGACUGAGCUAUACUCAGAAGAAAACGAAAUCGAAUCGCUUGAACAAAAUAAAAUGAAAUUCGCAAUUGUUUUACUCGCUGCCAUCGCCUGCGCUACCGCUCAGGGUCCACCUUUCAACUUUGCGGCUGCGAAUCCUUUCGCUGCCGCAUAUAAUCCAUAUUUAAAUGGACUUUUCGGUACCUCCCUUCCAGGAGCAGGUGCGGGAGGUGCUGCUCCAGCUGCCCCCGCAGCACCCGUAGCUCCCGCUGCCCCAGUUGUUCCAUCAUUCGGAGGCUUCUCUGUCUCCGUCUUCUUCCAGUCCGUUGUGCUGCAAAAGGAAGCCGAUCGUCUGCUCGCCCAGCCCGAUUUCCCCGCAGAUCUUGCACAGCGUGUACAGGCUAGCCUGGAUAAGGCACAAGAAGGAUUCGCUGGCUGCACCACCGCCACUUUGCCCUGGCUGCAGAUCCGUUGCGUCAAGCCCACUCUGACGGCUGCCAAGAACGAGCUGAAGGCCAUCGAUGACGAGUGGCAGGCACGUCUUGCUGCCUCCACCCCCGCAGCAGUCGUUGUUUAAGCCUCAGGCGAAAAAACUUUGCAUUCACUGUAAAUGAAACAAACUAACUAAAAAGCAAUACACCAGCAUAGAUUCGAUAUACUUUAAUAAACGUUUGAAAAGCAGCAAAAAAAAAAAACAAGAAAAAGAAA